GUGACAACCUUCGAGAGCAGAGGACAGCGCGUUGGAAGGGAAGGAAAGAAACGUGCAAGACAGGUUCAACGAUGGUGGUAAAACUACUGGCCGUCGUGCUGAUUGGCGUCUGCGCCGCAACGGCCGACCGCGACCUCGGCAGCUUCGUGGCUGGACGCCCCGUCAACCAUGGCGUUCCAGGCGUCCAGACCUUCGGCGGCGUACCCUCCUUCCAGCGGCCGCAAGUAGACCCACGACCCCCGAGCUUCCAGUGGCCACCAAGCUACCAACUGCCGCAGGUGGACCCGCGACCCCCGAGCUUCCAGCGGCCGCAAGUAGACCCGCGACCCCCGAGUUUCCAACUGCCGCAGGUGGACCCGCGACCCCCGAGCUUCCAGCGGCCUCAGGUGGACCCGCGACCCCCAGGAUUUACUUUGUAUGGCUGAUUUGCCACCAUCGGCCCCAAGAGAUCAUCCGUAAGCCGGCUGCAUUUUCGUCUGUAAUUUCUCAUGAAAUUAAAAACUGAACUCAG